ACCCAGGCCCUAUCAUGGCUCUUAAAGCUAAUGCCCUCCGCCCCCCAUUUUUCAGCCCCCAAACUGCGUCUCUGCCUUCGCUCACACGGUACCAUCGCCACCACAGAAACAUUCCUCUUCGGUGUCAAUCUUCUCUCGUCGAUGAGCAGCAGAAAGAAGUCGUCUCGUUUUCUGAACCUGAAAAUUCGCUCGUUGAGGCUCUCAUUGGUGUCCAAGGCCGAGGUCGUUCUGUUUCUUCUCACCAGCUCACCAGUGUUGAGCGGGCCGUGAAUGUUCUAGAAGAUUUGGAAGGCGUGCGAGAUCCGACAAAGUCUAGUUUAAUUGAAGGACGUUGGCAGUUAGUGUUUACGACUCGACCUGGAACAGCAUCCAUAAUACAGAGAACGUUUGUUGGAGUUGAUUUCUUCAGCGUGUUUCAAGAGAUAUAUCUACAGACAAACGACCAACGUGUCUCCAACAUUGUUAAAUUCUCCGAUGCAAUCGGAGAGCUGAAAGUAGAGGCGGCUGCAUCAGUCAAAGACGGCAAACGCAUCCUUUUCCAAUUUGACCGAGCAGCAUUUUCUUUGAAGUUUUUGCCUUUUAAGGUUCCAUAUCCUGUACCAUUUAGACUUCUUGGAGAUGAAGCAAAGGGCUGGUUGGACACCACAUAUUUAUCUCCCUCCGGAAACCUCCGCAUCUCAAGAGGAAACAAGGGAACCACAUUUGUGUUGCAAAAGAAAACGGAAGCAAGGCAAAACUUGCUGGUAGCAAUUUCUACUGGUAAAGGAGUUGAAGAGGCCAUUGAGAAGCUUAUCUCUAAAAAUCAGAAUGAUAACAAAUUUGAAAAGGAGCUUCUCGAGGGAGACUGGAAGAUGUUAUGGAGUUCACAGAUGGAAACAGAUAGUUGGAUAGAGAAUGCUGCAAAUGGUCUCAUGGGGAUGCAGAUUAUCAAGAAUGGACAAAUGAAGUUUCGAGUGGAUAUGCUGCUAGGACUGAUAUUUUCCAUGACUGGUACUUUUGUGCAAUCUGAAGACAACACAUACGAUGUUACCAUGGAUGAUGCUGCAAUUAUUGGAGGCCCAUUUGGAUAUCCCGUGGAAAUGGAGAGCCGGUUCAAGCUCCAACUUCUAUACAAUGACGGGAAGAUAAGAAUUACUCGAGGUUACAAUAACAUCUUAUUUGUUCAUCUAAGGGUCGGCGAACCAAAGCAGAUGUAGGAAAAUUUGUUUAAAAGAGGAUGCUCCAGCUGAAAAACCCAUGUAUAGCAGUAUCAGUAAGAGAUGCCCUUGGCGUCUUCACAAUAUAUAUUCAUGUUCAUAUUCAAGAAAUUGUAGGCAUACCACGAUAAUCAUAUCCCUCCAACGAUUCAAUAAAUACUAUUUAUAUACCUUCAGGUUUAUUGUUUAGUUUUAAGUAAUAUGAAAAUCAUCUUUAAUUUGUGAA